CAAGCUUUAUAGUACGGGGGGGAUGGUGUCGUCAGUUUGUCCCUGCUACGGGGAUGGAUGUGGUGGCAGAGGCCCGCGAGUUCGUGGAACGCCAGAUGCGCAGUCGCUUUGCGAAAGUGCGGGCCAAGACGCAUCGGCUGCAGCAGCCGGCGUUGAAGCCAGUGUGCUGCACGGUUGAGGAGCAGAAAGCGACGGAGACCAGACCCCUGCUUCUGACUAGCAAGUCCAAAGCGACGAAGCGGCCGCCUGUGUCAGCGUUUUCCUUCAAGUGCCGUCCCUCCCGUGCUCCGCGCCUGGACCGCGACGGCUUUGUGCUUAGCUCCUCCUUCGGCUCGCGGUCGCUACCCCCGGGAACCGCGCAAUGCGCGGCCGCGGAGACAGCAGCGCCCAGGUUGGAAAGCCGCAACGCUUGGUCACCUUGGUCCCGGCGCCCCAGCGCGGCACACGUGCCGCGCUUCAGCUUCGGCUCAGUUGGGAGCGACGGCACCGAGGCCUCACUGACCUACAGCAGCUGCCACGGCAGCUGCGUGGGGAGCCGCGUGGCCACCUGGGGAAACAUUGGAUGCACUGGCGUCAUGGAAGCCGAGGACGAGACACGAGAGGAGUCAGAUGCGGGCCAGGUUUGCGCAGUGAAGACCUUGACAUUAUCAUCCAUCCUUCACAAGGAGCCAGAGGUGGAGGUUGCUCGGCGGCUGUCCUGGGAUGAGCAGGCCAAAUGGAGGUCCAGCUUCAAUCGCUUUCGCCAUGACGGGGAGAUACACAAGGAUGACUUGAUCAAUGCCCUGGAGCAUUGCGGCUUCGACGACCGGCGCCCGGAUCUGGUCCAAGAGACGCUGGUCCAGGUGACCUCCUAUGCGGCCCUGGACCGCGAAGAGUUCCUGCGCUUCGUGUGCCUCUACGAGACUCGGCUCCACGAGCUCUACCGCAGCGAGUUCCACAGGUACGCCAGCGAAGGCGUGAUGCGCGUCAGCGGCCUCCCGCAGCUCCUCCAAGAGUUCGGCCUCGAGCCCCGCCGCUAUGUGCUGCAAGAGCUCCUCUCGGAGACGCAGAGCUCCGAGCACCUGGAGUUCCACGACGUGGCGAAGAUCAUGGAGCUCCUGCGCGCCAGGGAAGGCUUCCUGGUGGCGGAGUUGGAGCGGUUCCGCCGGGUCUUCCAAGACUUCGACUCCGACGCCUCCGGGGACAUGUCUGUGAACGAGCUGGGCAGCGCGUUGUGCUGGCUGGGCUUCCCUCACAGCCACGAGAAGAUUGAGGUUCUGUACCAGGAGGGCGACAUAGAUCGAAGUGGAUCCCUCAACGAGUCGGAGUUUGUGGUAGUCCUUCGGCGGAUCCAGGACGGGGAGCUCGGUACCAUCCGCAGCUUUCUGCAGUCCACGGAAAACUGCGAGGUGUCCACGUUGAAGGAGUUGGAGUUGUUGCUGGGGAAGCUGGGCUACUACCAGACCUCCGCUGCGGCCUUGAUGGACGCAAUGCAAGCAGCGGGCAUUGGCACCGACGAGGACAAGCUCUCGGCUGACAUGCACCUCGACUUGGAUGAUAUCUGCACUCUCCUGCAUUACCUGCGUAAUAGGGAAGGCUUCACGGAUGCGCAGAUGGAGGAUUUGCGGCUGGCAUUCCAGAAGGGGAAGCAGGAAGACGCGGAGAAGAUACCGGUGUCCAUCCUGCACAAGGCCCUCCGAUGGCUUGGGCACUGCUACACCUUCGACCGAGCCCAGCAGCUGAUUUAUGAGGUGGACGCAUCUGCAGGAGCCAUGGACUUCACGACGUUUGUCAAGCUGGUCCGCAAGUGCCGGGACUUCGAACGGCGGGCGGCCAUCGGGGCCUUCUAUGCAGCCGACCCCAGGCAUGUGGGCACAUUGGACGAAGCCGGGGCGUGCCUGGCUUUGUCCAAGAUCGGCCUCUUGGAGUUCCAGAAAGGUGAAGAGCAGCAGACGGACUUGGAGCACUUCCUGCUCCAGGUGAUGCGGUGCCAAGAGGAGCGCCUUCAUUGCCUCCGGAAGAACUGCGCCUUCACCCCUGGCCAGCUGGAGGAGCUGAGGUACCACUUCAAGAAGAGCGACAAGGAGGGAAAUGGAGUGCUGAAAAGGUACGACUUGGCGCGCCUGGUGGAGACGCUCUUUCCCGCCCAGGCGCACCUCUGCGAGUUCCGGCCGUUUCUGGUGAAGCUCUUGGAGGGUUUGGAGCCUUUGGACUUCCCAGCCUUCAUCUACCUGUGCCGCAGGAUCCAAGACGAGACUGACAGCCGGCGCUGCGCCUUGUACCAGGAGGUGCUCAAGGACCUCGGCUUCAGCUGCCGCGAGGCCGCGGAGCUCUUGGCCGUCUUCCUGCCUGCGACUGACGAAGGCGCCCGAAGGCUGUCCUGCGACGAGAUGGUCAGCCUUUUCAUCCGCGCGUUUGAAAUGACCGAGUCCGAGUGCCACCUGCUCAGGAACAUCUUCGACACGGAGGUCCCAGAAGCGGAAGGUGGGCAGUUGGCCGACUUCCUUGGCUUCAUGCGGGUCAUGCGCCAGGUGGUCGAUACGCUGGGCAGCUUGCCGCCGCGAUGCGAUCACCGACCUGCGGACCUUCAAGCUUUGACGUCUGAGCCCCUCAAACACCCAAGCCAAGGCACUAAAGAGAUCAGAAUCUGGGGCUGGGCAAGAGGGCGAUUCCCAUUGGGCAAGUGCAGUUGAUUUGAAGGGUGAUUUGUGAAAUGCCAUGCGCGUUGGAAUCCUUCCAAGAAGGCUCCCAAUGAGCCCCUGCCAAGCAAGGAUUGUGGCAGGGGGGUUCGGCUGAAGUUGAUUUGAUUUUCGGCAGGGCGACAGCCGUUCGGGAGUUUGAGCCCAUAUCAUCCGACAUUCGGAAAGUUCUGUACAAGUACUGGUCGACGACCAUGUGCUGAAUGUGUUUGGCACUUGACCUGCCUGUGGUUUGACGCUUAGCGCACGUGCCUGUUCCAAGCCGCACUCCACAGAGAUGGCUGUGACGGCAAAGGUGGAACGCGGUGCGGAGCUACGUGCGCUCAGGCGAAAGAGAGAGAGAGGGAAGCGAAAGGGGA